UCCAACCAAUUAUUAGUUCAACAAAACAUGUCACGCCCUAAUCAUCUACCCUACAACAAUGGAAAUCCACGAUAUGUCCCGAAUGCACCAGUUAAUCUCUUUUACUGGCAACCAUGGAGACGUCAACUACAUAAUUCUCAGCAAACAACAAUGCCAGUGGCAUUAUCAGUGCUUGAUGAUAACUAUAGCUAUGAAAGGGUUCGAAUGUCAAGGUACCUAAAAAUAAGAAUGCAUUAUAUUCCUGUAAUGGAUAUAGAUCUUGACGAGCGUCCAGAUCGAGGAGCUGAUGAUGAGGAGCCAGAAACAUGUGCAAUCUGCAUACUUGAGUAUAAAAAUGGAGACAUCAUAGGGAAACUUCAAUGUGAACAUGAGUUUCAUCUGGACUGCAUCAAGCAGUGGCUGCUGAAGAAAAAAGUUUGUCCGUUGUGUAGAGCUUCAGCGGACACAUUUAUUUAGUACAAUCUUUUUAUUAAUAUUUGUAAUCUCUAUUCAUCAUUUAAGUUUUUCCCAUUUUCUUUUUCAAAGUGAAGUACUGAAUUCAACUUUGAAAUAUGAGUGACUUGUCUCUGUCUAACCUGUUCAUAAGUCAUGUGUAAGGCACAAUCAUUGUUCUUGUUGUUUCUUCUUGCUUUGAUAGA